CCUCAACCGCAACUCAACUUCAAAAUACCUUUCAACUACCACAAAGAAAGAAAACACAGAGAAAACAGAAACCCAAAAAAACACUGAAGAGAGAGAGAGGGAGAGAGAAUGGAGAGAAACACAGCAGUGGGUGUGAGAAAGCCUCGUACUUCCACUUCCGAUCUGCUCACAUGGAGUGAGGUCCCUCCGCCGUCCUCUGCCCCUCCCGUCGUCCCUCGCUCUCGCCAGCCGUCGGAUGGGAUGAGGAAAGUGUUGCAUGGAGAUCAGGUGACGGACGACGAAGCGCAGACUCUCCUGAAAUCGAAACCAUGUUCAGGUUAUAAACUGAAGGAGAUAACUGGAAGUGGUAUAUUUUCUGAUAAAGGCAAUGCUGCUGCACAAGCUGAUGCUGCGAAAUCCAAGACAGGGCUACGUGUGUAUCAGCAAGCCCUGAAUGGAAUUAGUCAGAUAUCAUUCAGUGCUGAUGGGAGAAUCUCUCCUAAGAAGCCGACCUCUAUACCCGAGGUAGCAAAGCAGCGUGAAUUGAGUGGAACAUUGCAAAGUGACUUGGAUUCGAAGGCUAAAAAGCUCAUAUCGAAUGCUAAGAACAAGGAGCUUAGUGGACAUGACAUCUUCGGCCCUCCUCGGGAAAUAGUGCCUCGGUCAGUGGCUGCUGUUCGCACCUCGGAAUCUCAAGCAAGUAAAGACAUGGGAGAACCUGCACCAAGGAAUGUCCGCACAUCUGUCAAAGUUUCAAAUCCUGCUGGGGGCCAGAGCAACAUCCUGUUCGGUGAAGAACCUAUUGUCAAGAUAACAAAGAAGAUAAACAACCAGAAGUUUGCUGAGUUGAAAGGCAACAACAUAUUUAAGGGAGACGUUCCUCCGGGGUCUGCUGAAAGGCCACUGAGCGUGGCUAAGCUGAGGGAGAUGAGCGGCAGCAACAUCUUUGCUGAUGGGAAGGCAGCAUCCAGAGACUACCUAGGCGGUGUACGCCAGCCCCCCGGUGGUGAGAGCAGCAUUUCCUUGGUUUAACACGUAACGCCUAACAUGUUAUGAUAAAUUAAGCCCGCGCUUGAUAAUCAGCAUUGUGUCCUUAAGAGUCUUUGAGUGUGAGUAGUGAUGCUUUUAGGAACCAGUAAUUAGUUUCGGGUAGAUGGAGAGCCGUGAGGCUUGUCUAAUUGAGAAUUUGGAGUGUUUCGACAGUGUGCUUAACCUUGUCAUUACAAGUUCAAGUUUCUUUCUCCCAGGACCAACUUAUUUUAUUAAUAAAAUUGUCAUUUAGGUAUUUAUAAGUUUAUCUUACUGUAUAUUUUAUUAAUAAAAUUAUCAUUUAGGUACUUUA